AUUCAAGUCAACCGAUCAACAUGUACAAGGUAGCCCUUUUCGCCUGUCUGGUGGGUGUAGCCGUUGCCCAAUAUGGGCACAACUACGGACACCACGAAGAAAAAUACGUUGACUACUAUGCCCCACCUCACUACAAGUUCGACUACAGCGUACACGACCCCCACACCCAUGACAUCAAGAAGCAGGAAGAGACCAGGGAAGGAGACGUUGUCAAGGGCUACUACUCCCUCUACGAACCUGAUGGUACCGAAAGGAUCGUCCACUACACCGCAGACAAGCACAAUGGUUUCAACGCCGUCGUAGAGAGGAAAGGACAUGCUGUCCACCCUCAAAACUAUGGACACUCCUCUGAGGCUUACUACGGACAUUCUUCCGGAGGAUAUUCUGGUUCUUCCGGUGGAUACUCUGGUUCUUCCGGUGGAUACUCUGGUUCUUCCGGUGGAUACUCUGGCUACAGCGGUGGUUCAGCUUCCUCCUCAUCAUCUUACCAGGGUCAUUACUAAUUUGUAAUUGUAUGCUUGUACAUAGUCGUUUUAUACUUUUGUAAAAUAAUAAAUUAACAAAAAAACAAUAUAUUUUUUUUUUAAUUAACGUUUAAUCUUCCUCUCGCAGUAAAAGAACUGCACAAUUAAUUACGGUUUUCAGAUUCCGUUUACUUUAUACUUGUAGUAUAUUUUAUUAAAGAAAAUUUCUAUUGAAAAUAAUGCUUUAAUUAAGAAAUAUAGGCCUAGUUUCAAGUUAUUUGCAACAUAAAAUAUUCAUGCAAAUCUUUAUAAAACUUACAUAUUUUAUUGGUCGAAAGAAAAUUUGACACUCAAAACAUUAUCUGUCCUGAGAAUGUCUUUGAGUACAACACACAAACUACUAAUGGAUUUAAAAUAUUCACAACUGAUUUACAGCACUAAGAGUUAAUUUACUUUGCGGAUAAUUUGUUAUGUACCAAAAAAGUAUAAGAUAAUUAAUUGUAAUUCAUAAAAUUAUUAUCCCGCCACGUUUCAUCAAUAUUAAUCAGUUUCAUUAAUGAAUUCAUAAGGCCUAACCAUUUAACAUUAUUAAACAAUUGCUUUUAACUACCUCAUUCGAAUAAGAUCACUUAUAAUGUUAGGUUGGUUGAUUGAACCACUUUGUUUUAA